AGCGAAGCCGGCCCCGCCCCGCGAGCGGCCAUCUUGGAGGCUGAGGCGGCGGAGGCGCAGCGGCGGGUUCGGUGGGCCCAGUCCCGGCGCGGUGCGGCUGUUUCGGGCGCGGGCCCCGCUCUUCCGCACCCUGCUCCGGCCUCGACCACGGCGAGCCUGAGCGCGGCGGCGGCCCACGCGCGGCGACAGGGAGAGAUGAGCAGCACCAGCACUAAGAGGGCUCCAACCACAGCGACCCAGAGGCUGAAGCAGGACUACCUUCGCAUCAAGAAAGACCCAGUGCCUUACAUCUGCGCUGAGCCCCUCCCUUCGAAUAUUCUCGAGUGGCACUAUGUGGUCAGAGGCCCAGAGAUGACCCCUUAUGAAGGUGGCUAUUAUCAUGGAAAACUAAUUUUUCCCAGAGAAUUUCCUUUUAAACCUCCUAGUAUUUAUAUGAUAACUCCCAAUGGAAGAUUUAAGUGCAACACCAGGCUGUGUCUUUCCAUCACGGAUUUCCACCCGGACACGUGGAACCCAGCCUGGUCUGUCUCCACCAUCCUGACUGGACUCCUGAGCUUCAUGGUGGAGAAGGGCCCCACCCUGGGCAGCAUAGAGACGUCAGACUUCACGAAAAGACAGCUAGCAGCACAGAGUUCAGCCUUUAAUUUAAAAGAUAAAGUCUUUUGUGAAUUAUUUCCUGAAGUUGUGGAGGAAAUUAAACAAAAACAGAAAGCACAAGACGAACUCAGUAGCAGACCCCAGACUCUCCCCUUGCCAGACGUGGUUCCAGACGGGGAGACACACCUUGUCCAGAACGGGAUUCAGCUUCUCAACGGGCACGCGCCAGGGGCCGUCCCAAACCUCCCGGGGCUCCAGCAGGCCAACCGGCACCACGGACUCCUGGGCGGCGCCCUGGCGAACUUGUUUGUUAUAGUCGGGUUUGCAGCCUUCGCCUACACCGUCAAGUAUGUGCUGAGGAGCAUCGCACAGGAGUGAGGCCUGGCACCGAGACCAAGGCGCCACGGAGGGCGCGUGGCACGAGCGUGACCUGGGCCGGCCGGACACGCUGCCCAGCACAGGCAGACCCACCAGGCUCCUGGGUUUAGGUUUUAAAAACCUGGAAAGGAAAGCAAAAGCCAAAAUGUGUGACUGGGCUUCGGAGGAGACUGGAGACUCAGCCCUGCCCUGGCCACUUGCCGCCGGGGCUGGCGUGGAGGGGCUGCUGGCGUGCUGGUUUUGUAGCUUAUCUUCUGUGUUGUCUUUGGAUCUGUUUUAGUAAACACGUUUUUCAUUUUA